UUGUGUAAUAAAUGAAUGCUGUAUUUCAGUCCCUCUUUGUUUUGGCAGACAGAAGACCUGAAGGACAGACUCCCAAAGCCGGCUCAUGAGAUGAAUAGGCUUCAUUCUACACUGGGUGGGACGGACCUGGAGAAGCACAGAGACCUCUUGCUGGCAGAAAACAUGCACUUAAAGCAGGAGUUAAAGCUGUGUGAGGCCCAGCUGCAGGAGCUGAGGAAGCAUUCGGCCAGGUGCACCAACUGUACACACAGCCAGGAGAACGUAAAGUUGCAGGAGAAGCUGGCCCAAGUGAAGCAGGAAGCAGAAGACUUGAAGGGACGCCUUUCGGAGUUGGACCUGGAGGUGGAGCAGAAGACCAACCGCCUGGCGGAAGUAGAGCUGCGGCUGAAGGACUCCUUGGCAGAGAGGGCCGAGGAGGAGGAGCGGCUGAGCCGGAGACUGCGGGACAGCCAGGAAGUGAUAGCUGGCCUCAAGGCCCAGCCUCAUCAGGUCAAGUAUGUCAUCAAAACGAUGGAAGUUGAAUCCUCCAAGACCAAGCAGGCCCUCAGCGAAGCCCAGUCGCGGAACCAGUACCUGCAGGACCAGGUUGGGAUGCAGAGGCAGGUGCUGAAGGAGAUGGAACAGCAGCUACAGAGCUCCCAGAAGGCGGCGGCUCAGCUCAGGGCUCAGGUGACGAUGUACGAAUCCGAGCUGGAACAGUCCCGGGAGCAGAUGCUGGAGGAGAUGCAGAACAUGGAGGAGGACAAGAACCGAGCCAUCGAGGAAGCUUUUGCUCAAGCACAACUAGAAAUGAAAGCAGUUCAUGAAAAUCUGGCAGGUGUGCGGGCCAAUCUGCUCACGCUCCAGCCGGCACUUCGUACUCUCACUAGUGACUACAACAGCUUGAAGCGCCAGGUCAAAGAGUUCCCUGUCCUGCUACAAGAGGCUAUGCAGAGCGCCAGGGCUGAGAUUGGGCAAGCCAUUGAAGAAGUGAGCAGCACCAACCUGGAGCUGCUGAGAAAAUACCGAAAGGAGCUGCAACUCCGGAAGAAAUGUCACAACGAGCUGGUGCGAUUGAAAGGCAACAUCCGUGUGUUUGGCCGUGUUAGGCCAAUACAAGCAGAGGAUGGUGAAGGGCCAGAAGCUGUGGGUGCAGUGACCUUUGACCCUGAAGAUGAUGCCAUCCUACAUCUGAUGCACAAAGGGAAGCUGGUAUCUUUUGAACUGGACAAAGUUUUCCGUCCAGAAGCAACACAAGAAGACGUGUUCCGAGACGUUCAGGCGCUGAUCACAUCGUGCAUUGACGGUUACAACGUUUGUAUUUUUGCCUAUGGACAAACUGGGGCUGGCAAGACGUACACCAUGGAGGGAAGCCCGGAAAACCCCGGGAUCAACCAGCGGGCCCUGCAGCUUCUCUUCUCCGAGGUGCAGUCCAAAGCCCCCGACUGGAAUUACAGCAUCACUGUCAGCGUGGCUGAAAUCUAUAAUGAGGCGCUCAGAGACCUGCUUGGAAAGGAGCCGCAGGAGAAGCUGGAGAUCAGACUCUGCCCAGAUGGCAGCGGGCAGCUUUAUGUUCCAGGCUUGACCGAGUUCCCUGUCCACAGCGUGGAAGACAUCAACCAGGUCUUUGAGUUUGGUCACAUCAACCGAGCAACGGAGUGCACCUACCUGAACGAACACAGCUCCAGAUCUCAUGCCCUCGUCAUGAUCACAGUGCGGGGGACUGAAUGCAGCACAGGAAUAAAAACUACAGGGAAGCUGAAUUUAGUAGACCUGGCAGGAUCUGAGCGUGUGGGAAGAUCCGGUGCAGAAGGGAGCAGGUUGCGUGAGGCUCAAUACAUCAACAAGUCGCUUUCGGCUUUGGGAGAUGUGAUCUAUGCACUGCGUUCCCGCCAGUCCCAUGUUCCGUUUCGCAACUCCAAGCUGACCUAUCUCCUCCAGGAUUCCCUCAGUGGUGAAAGCAAGACCCUCAUGAUGGUCCAGGUUUCUCCGGUGGAGAAGAAUACGAGUGAGACACUCUGCUCCCUCAAGUUUGCUGAGAGAGUUCGCUCCGUGGAACUGGGCCCUGGCACUCGGAAGGCAGAAAUGGGCUCCUGGACCAGCCAAGAGCACUUAGAGCCACAGCUCUGUUUUCCUGUGGCUGCUUGUCUCCAGGUGGAGCCCGCUGCCGCCCUCCAGCCCUGCAUUCGAACCCAGCCGUCCCCUCGAACGGGGCGAUCGAGCUCCCUUCGGGCAAAGCCCCAGAGUACAGCCUGGAAUUAAGAGAUGAUCCGUUUGCCUCCAGGGAAACCGAGGCCAGUUCCUCUAUGAAAGCUGGUUGUUGCCAGGAAAGGCUCUUUUCAAAGAGGACUUUGGGGAACCACACUGGCUUUUCUAAAAAUGCACCUGGACUGGGACUACAGCACAGAUGCCCAGGGCUUUGGGCUGACCAGCCCUGUCCACUGCUGGCAGUGGAGCCGGGGGCUUGGAACUAUACAGACUUCAGGAGAGGAUCCCUUCCUGAUUGACAGAGUUUUAACACAUUUCUUUUGAAAGAGAGCAGAGGCGGUGAACACAAACUUUGCUUUUAUGUACCCGUUCCCUUUCAUUUUUAUUUGAAUAAAAAUGUUGCGCCCAGUCAGAA